AUGGUGGAGGACGUUCCUCCAACUUCCUGGUCAGAACAGGGUGUGGUUGCAUUUUUCGAGCGACUCUAUGGACCCGCUUGCGUAUACAGCUGCGUCUGCGUAGGCCAGACUGCGCAUACAGACCUUCAAGCUCCCGCCAGAGCAGCUGCACACCUGAUACAGAUCAACACGGGGCCAGCCACAGCCUUUGUCACUCUGAGAUCUGCAGAACGUUGCACUGAAGCCCAGCAGGUGGUGCUCAGUCAUACUUCUGGUUGGCGGGUUAGCGAAGCGCCAGAGCCACGAGACUUGAUAUGGUCCAACGUAGUUAAGCCACGGGGAAUGACGGAGCUGCAUCAGAAGAUAGGGCUGGCGGCAACCGUGGUCUGCGUUCUGUUUUGGUCCGUGCCUGUGACGUUGAUCCAGGCUUGGGCUAACGUGGAAUCACUUUCAAAGUGGGUUCCUGCUGUACACGACUUAAGAGGGUGGUCUCCAACACUCUACGCACUCAUUACCAGCUACCUACCAGUCCUGGCCCUGAUGGGCCUGCAAGCGCUGUUGCCAUAUUUCUUUGCUGCAAUGGCACGAAGCUACGAGGGCCACAAGACCAGGUCUGGUGUCGAGCGCGUGGUGCUGAACCGGUGUUUCAACUAUCAGCUGGCCAGUCUCUAUGUCACGGUACUUUCCGGCUCGCUUUGGGAUUCGCUCACGCAAAUUCUGGAUCAGCCGUCACAGGUAGUGGAGAUCUUGGCCCGCGCCCUUCCGAAAGCCAACGUGUACUUCCUGUCCUUUGUGUUGGCCCGCGCCUGCGUCGGACUUCCCCUCCUACUGCUUCGACCAGAGAUCUUGCUUCCCACGUGCAGGUCAUCAGGACCAGAUGCCAAGAUCCACUGCGCUUACGGCUACGAAGCAUCCAGCAUUGCGAUCGUCCUGGUGAUUGGGAUCACCUAUUCUUUCAUUGCUCCUGCCAUUCUCCCGGCGUGUGCAGUCUACUUUGCUGUGGCCACUCUUACUUACAGAUGGCUAUUUACCCAUGUAUAUGAUGCAGAGUUCGAUGGUAGUGGCAUCUUCUGGUAUGAUUUAUUCAACUGCGUGCUUUUGGGCCUUUUGUUGAGCACCUUAUCCUUGAUUGGAUUGGCCCUCCUCUACGGCUCCUACACCCAGCUCGUCUUCCUUGUCCCUCUCCCUCUCUUGGUGGUCUACCUGGCGCUGCGUUGCUGGGGCCGCCUAGGGUGGAAGUCCCGCUGGACAGCUCUGGAGGAUGCCGUUCGAGCAGACCAAGAUGAGGGGAGUGCCCUAUCAGGUUUUCAGGAGAACCUCUACGCGGAGCCGUCGCCAGGUUAA